GGGGACCGCAGUGAGGAGCAGGGUGCCAAGAGGAGAACCAGAGCCAGAAAACAGGAGGACAAGUCUGACAUUUGUUUCCUGAUUAGGGAGUAUCUCAGAAGAGAACAUGCAUCUCUUAUUUUUCUUAUAUGGAUAUUGAUUUCUUCUUUUUUCCCUCUCCAAACUCCUCUCCAGACUGGUUUCAGCAGCACUGCGCUUCAUUGGAAUGUGCGCUGUGGCUUCUCCGGGACACGUCUCAAUGCAAGACCACGUAGAUAGAAUAGAGAAGAGCUCCUGCAGUCAUUAAAACUCCUUAACGCAUCGCAAUGUCUCACUUUUAACGGGACGCAUUUCUCUGGACGCCUUACACCUUUUUGGAGACUUUUACGCAUUUUGGAGACUUUGUCUCCCGGCUGAAAUGGGUGAUGGAAAUGGACAUUUUGUCCGUUAACAGAGGAUAAUAAGGUUUAUAAUAUUUUCUACCUAAGUGCACUUGUUUUCCCGGCGAUGAUUGUGCUUUUGAUUGUCCUGUGCAUCGCGGAUGGAGUGCUCUCUCAGAUACGCUACUCUGUGCCGGAGGAGGCGGACCAUGGCACCUUGGUGGGGAAUAUCGCCGAGGACCUGGGACUGGACCUUACCAAACUGGCCUCCCGCCGCUUCCAGGUGGUGCCCAACUCUCGGACACCAUACCUGGAGGUGAACCUGGAGAACGGCGUCCUGUUCGUGAACGAGAAAAUCGACCGGGAGCAAAUCUGCAAGCAGAGCGCCAACUGCCAGCUCAACAUGGAGGUGUUUUUGGAAAACCCGCUGGAGCUGUUUCGGGUGGAAAUUGAAGUGGUGGACAUUAACGACAACCCGCCCAGCUUCCCGGAGACGGACAUCACGGUGGAGAUCUCGGAGAGCGCCACUCCGGGAACCCGUUUCCCCCUGGAGAGCGCCUUCGACCCGGACGUGGGCUCGAACGCUUUACGCACGUAUGAUAUCACCACCAACAACUACUUUUACCUGGACGUGCAGACCCAAACGGACGGGAACAAGUUCGCGGAGCUGGUGCUGGAGAAGCCGCUGGACCGGGAGCAGCAGGCGGCGCACAGGUACGUGCUGACGGCGGUGGACGGCGGCCAGCCGCCCCGGACCGGCACCGCGCUGCUGGUGGUCAAAGUGUUAGACUCUAACGAUAACGUGCCGGUGUUCGACCAGCCCGUCUACACGGUGAGCCUGUCGGAGAACGCGCCGGUGGGCAUGCUGGUCAUCCAGCUGAACGCCACCGACAUGGACGAGGGACUUAACGGGGAGAUCGUGUAUUCCUUCAGUAACCACAUCUCCAGCCGCGUAAAGGACCUGUUCAGCAUAGACCCGCGCACCGGGCGCAUCGAGGUGCGCGGAGAGGUGGAUUUCGAGGAGAGCGGCUUGUAUCAGAUCUUUGUCCAGGCCAAGGACCUGGGGCCGAACGCCGUGCCCGCGCACUGCAAAGUGCUGGUCAAAGUCACCGACGUGAACGACAACGCGCCGGAGAUCACCUUCAGCACCGUCACCGAGUCGGUGAGCGAGAAGGCGGCUCCCGGGACCGUCAUCGCGCUGCUCAGUGUCACCGACCGGGACGCGGAGGAGAACGGCCAGAUCCACGUGGAAAUCCUCGGCGACGUGCCGUUUAAAUUAAAAUCCUCCUUCAGGAAUUAUUUCACCAUAGUGACCGACGGGCCGCUGAACCGGGAGCAGGCGGACUCUUACUCCGUGACUGUGGUGGCGCGGGAUAAAGGGACGCCCUCCCUGGCCGCCAGUAAGUCCAUCAGGGUCCAGGUGUCGGAUGAGAACGACAACGCGCCCACCUUUACGCAGCCCAUCUAUGAUGUGUAUGUGACCGAGAACAACGUGCCAGGGGCGUACAUCCACGCGGUCACGGCCCUGGACCCGGACAUCGGGCAGAACGCGCUCAUCAGCUACUCCAUCCUGGAGUGUGACAUCCAGGGCAUGUCGGUGAAGACCUACGUGUCCAUCAACGAGGAGACCGGCUACCUGUACGCGCUGCGCUCCUUCGACUACGAGCAGCUGAAGGACUUCUCCUUCAUGGUGCAGGCCAAAGACGCGGGCACCCCGGAGCUCUCCUCCAACUCCACCGUCAAAGUCAUCAUCGUGGACCAGAAUGAUAACGCCCCCCUGGUCCUGGCCCCCUUGGGGAAGAACGGCACCGCCAGGGAGCCCCUCCCCCGCUCCGCCGAGCCGGGCUACCUGGUGACCCGCAUCGUCGCCAUGGACGCGGACGACGGCGAGAACGCGCGGCUGUCCUACAGCAUCCAGAGGGGCAACGAGAACGGCAUGUUCCGGAUGGACUGGAGGACCGGGGAGCUCCGCACGGCCAGGCGGGUGUCGGCCAAGCGGGACCCCCACCAGCUCUACGACCUGCUGAUAGAGGUGAGGGACCACGGCCAGCCGCCGCUGUCCUCCAGCGCCAGCGUGCUGGUGAUGCUGGUGGACAGCGUGGCUGAGGGCCGUGGCAGUGGGGACCGAGGAGGCUCCACCAAGGCCAAAGACGGGACCCUGGACCUGACCCUGAUCCUCAUCAUCGCGCUGGGUUCCGUCUCCUUCAUCUUCCUGCUGGUCAUGAUCGUGCUGGCGGUGCGCUGCCAGAAGGACAAAAAGCUCAACUUUUACACCUGCCUGACCAGCGAGUGCUGCCUGGGCUGCAGCUCGUGCUGCUCCCGGCAGGCCCGGGCCCGCAAGAAAAAGCUCAGCAAGUCGGAUAUCAUGCUGGUGCAAAGCGCGGGUAACGUCAGCGGGGCCGGCACGGCUCAGGUCCCCGUGGAGGAGUCAGGGAGCUUCGGCUCGCAUCAUCAAAACCAGAACUAUUGCUACCAGGUAUGUCUGACUCCAGAGUCUGCCAAAACCGACCUCAUGUUCCUAAAGCCGUGUAGUCCGUCUAGGAGCACUGACACCGAUCACAACCCGUGCGGGGCCAUAGUGACAGGGUACACAGACCAGCAGCCUGACAUCAUAUCAAACGGCAGCAUUUUAUCAAACGAGACCAAACACCAGCGUGCUGAACUCAGCUACCUGGUGGACAGGCCCAGACGCGUCAACAGUUCGGCGUUCCAGGAGGCGGACAUGGUCAGCUCCAAAGACAGCGGCCACGGAGACAGCGAGCAGGGGGACAGCGACCACGACGCCACCAACCGAGGACACUCCUCCGGAGCAGACCUUUUCUCUAACUGUACGGAGGAGUGUAAGGCGCUGGGCCACUCAGAUCGCUGCUGGAUGCCGAGCUUCGUGCCCUCCGACGGGCGCCAGGGCCCGGACUACCGCAGCAACCUGCACGUGCCCGGCAUGGACUCGGUCCCGGACACAGAGCGAGGAAAAGGGUUUGCUAGCUCCUUCCGCGUGGACAUACCGGAGACCGCGUGACUUUGCACAAUCACUCCUCGACGACCAAGGCUAUAAAAAAAAAAAGCAUCAAGUUUUCAACCCAUUUUGCCCUCCCUGCCCUCAUCCCUCCUCACCCAGCCAAAAAUUAGAAAACAAAAACACAAACUCGACUACUUCUACGAAACGAAAAAAAAAAAACGAGGAAGGAGCCCCCCUUUUUCUUGGAUUCCUCGGAGCACUGCCGGGCUUUGGAGGCACCCCACUCUCUGGAUUAAAAGGACACGAGUGGGAGUGGAGGCAGGCAGGCAGGUGGAUGGAUGGAUAGCCUUACUGGGAGGACCCCAUUGUCUCAGCAGGACUGAGAAACUAACAGAGGAGGAGGAAGGACAGCGAUGACGGACGGAGAGAUAAAACUGGACGCUAUAAUCUCUCCGUCUUUUUCCAAUCUGCGUGUGCCUGUUUACAGCACUGAUGUAUACAUCUUUGAGGAAAAUAAAACCAGACGAAGACUCACAUUAUGUGUACUGAAAGACAAAUCAAAACACGAGAGCCACCCAGAAAAACCGCCACUGAGCCCUUUAGGCGUUUGUACUCGCAGAGAGACGCCACGUUGUACAGGAGAAUCUUUGUGCAUUUCAAAAUGCAAUACCACUGUUUUAGAUUUUUCUAUUCUGUUCGUGUGGUCAGGUGUCUCUAUUCAGAUCUACUUCAAACUUUGUAAGAAAAGAUUGUGGGCAGGAUAUUUUUUUAUUUGAUUUUUGCUUUUAUUUUUUAUGGUUUUUCUUCUUUUUUUUUCGCUUUCACUGCAAAAAAGGUGUGUCUAAAAACAAGAUAAAAACAGUAAAUCUGAGGGAAAUUGUCUUAAUGCAUGGACAGAUAAUUUACCUUGACAAGAUUUCCUUAAAAUAAGAUUGUUAAAUCUAGAAAUAAGCAUGUUGAACGCUUAAAAUAAGAAAUGAACUCUUAAAACAAGAUACACUUGUAAAUCUAAAGGUUUUUUUUGCAUCUUGGUCUUUUAUCUCGGGCCAGUUCAUCGCUGCUUGCAGCUUUAAUUUAUCUCGUUCCAACAAUUUUCCUCCGCUUAGCUGGGGCCGGGUCGCAGGGGCAGCAGGCUAAGCAGGGUAUUUCCUUUUUAUGUAACUUUAUACUUCUACUUCACUACAUCUCAAGGCAAAUAUUUUACUUUUUACUCCACCACAUUUAGCUGACAGUUACUUUUCAGUUUCGAGAUUUAACAUAAAAACAUGACACUUUUAAA